AUGAGAAACGACGAUGCUAGAGUGCCCGAAAAGCGGGGACCCGUUGCUGAGGACGUCACAUUCACCGAUGCCAUAUCAAGCUCCAGAAUGGUAUCUUCACUGCUCAAGAAUCAUGAAAGAAACAUUGAAGCUAGUCGCAAUUUUAAUCGUAGGACACAGGAACGCGAUGACUACCUCCGCAGCGAUUCUGUCAUUCAAUCUAUUGAUUCCAUGCACAUCAGCACAGAUGGAACCAACAUGAGACGGGCCUCAUCGGGUGUUGUUGAUGAUUGGGGUGGUUUUUCACGUGGCAAUUUAGUUAGGCGUGGCACAUACGGAGGUAAAACUGCUGUGGCAAAUGGUACCACACAAUUGUCUAAGAGAAGUAUAAGCACUAGACAUUUCAUGAAUUCCGGUGCAUCCACGCCAUCAGAUGUGGAAUCGGCAGUGUCUAGCGAUAUUGAGGUGAACGGUGGUCUUUUGUGUAGAAAAAAUGCACUUGGAAUGUUAUUUCGAAAUCGUGGAAGGUCCGUGCAACGUGCUAAGGAACAAUUAAGACGUCCCGCAGUGGAAGCGUCAGAGGGUUCCAACGCAUUUCUCACGCCACAAAAAUCUAUCACUAAGAUGCCAUCGGUGGCUACCGGGGUUCAUACCUCCGUUUCGACGACACAAUCACCCAGGUUGCCAGAGAAGACAAAGUCCAAAACAACCCUGGCCGAAGAACAGUCAAAAGAACGCAUAACGCAUAGUCGCGAUAAAAUGGAUAUGGCUAGCGAUACUGCAACACCAGGUGACAGAAGCAGAACAAAUGUGGAGGAGAUAUUUUAUAAGAUCAAGCGUGCUGUUUCUCACGAUCUUUCCGACGAAAUACGUCCACCAUUGAUACACUCAUUUACAAACAAGAUAUUCGCCAUACGUACGCCUUGGCAGCUGCCGAUGAAGGAACGCAGCUUGCGCAACAACGUACAACAGUUGGUCAGCUUCUUCAGAGUUCUAGAACGAUAUGUCGAAGACCAAGUGUUUAGAUAUGGCCCUGCUUUACAUCCACGUUUGGAUCGUGUCUACAACGAGCUCUAUGUUAAGGUUGGGCAAAUGUUCAAAAGGGUCUCAGACAACAACAUGUCACAGCUGGAGGAACCCAGGAGGCUUGCUGUUGUUGGAAACGGGGUGUACGACCUGGGCGAUCAUCGCCCUAGAGGCGCACCUAUUUACUAUCAAAAGUUUGUCAUUUUCGACCUGUCACUAGAAAACACGAACCUGGCCGCUGAACAUGGAGAUAUAUUCCAUAGGCAAGUGCUCCACUUCCCGAUGAACAGCCGCGGCUUGCCAUCCAUGCGCUACCUAUGUUCGGUGGCAUCCGCUGUGCUCUUUUGGCUAGACUUCUACAAUAGGGAUAACGUGGUGGUUUUCAACUAUGCUGCGCUUAACUACAACAUGUUGCUUACCUUCGCUUGUUCCGUUGUAGCCUCGCAGCCACUGGCGACAGCCAACGAAAUCGACCAGCUUAUCAUGAAUUCAUUCGAUUGGAGGCGAAAGUGUAAAACAGUCACCGCCAAAACAAGUCGGGAGAAACCAGACCCUACCAGUCCCAACGAUAUACCACAAAUGAUACCCAUCGCACGCUGGCCACCAUCAUACAAACGAUACAUGAGCUACUUCCUCAGCCUUUAUGUUACACCCAUCGAUUUUGUACUGGCUCAGCAGUUUAGGCUUAAACGCAUCACGCUAGUCAAUUGCAUGUUACCAGGAACCGAUGUCAUGCUAGAAGUGUAUCAGAUUGGGCCGGAACCUUCGCACGCUACAUCCACCAGACGAUGGGAGUCACCAGAGCGGAGAGCAGAAUGUUCAAGAUAUUCUCCUGCAUUCUAUCCAAAAUGUGUUUGUGGAGGCAAAGAUCGUGACGGAGUCAUGUUGAUAGCAUGUUCAGCCGACUACCAGGUAUUGUCAAGAUCAACCAGCUCGAAAUCAAGUAAAUAUGGCUACGUUAGCGAAGUAGUUUUUGAUUUCAAAUUGGAUGCUGAUGGCAAUAGGCAGAAUGUAGUCAUAUCAGGAGAUGUUGCCAUUGCAUUGGUUGCAGUAUCCAUGAAACAGAGAAAGGUCAUAGCUACCUACAGUUUCAACACGGGAUUCGUUAGCAGCGAGUCAUUGGAAGUUCCUAGGGCAGAGUUCGACAUAUGGGACACUUCGUGUGCAAUUCAACCGCACGGACAGAUGACGAUUUCCAUGGAAAGUAGGCAGCGACAUAGUACAGACGCCUGGAACACACCAAACACCCCUAUAGUUAUAACACCGCCCAUGUCCGAUGUUGGCGUCUUUAUGCGACAUCACGUAGCCAAGGUAUCCGCCAAUGAGAUACAGGGGUUGGUCAAAGCCACUGGCUUGUCGAGUGACACCUGUGAGUUUGCACUCAAGCUAUGCCCUCGGUAUAUGGAUGCCAUGGCCAUGCUUAACGCGUUGUUUGUACCGACAAGUGCAAAGGCUGAAGCUGCUACAGCGGUUGUCACUGGACCUGCCUUAGGUCCAAGUGACCUCUUGACUGUCGAUUCCGUCGACACUCCAAAGGGUGACAAUGAAGUUUAUGUUGCCAGAAGCGGAGCAACACCAAAGGAAGGUGUUAAGGGAGCAAUUGGUGUAUUAACAUCCAGUACUGACAAAGACAGUGCCUCGAGUUCAUCAGGAGCUGCGAGUGUAGGCCUGCGUGUCGAUGAAGUGGAUCGGCUCUUGGUUGACAAUGACGGUGCGAUGCAAUUGCUUAUGAUGGAUGGUAGCAUGAAGCCUGUUCCUCAAAAUAGUAUAACAUCGCUGUUCCAGAUGUUUGGUGCGUACCAAGGUCACUUACAAGGUGCUGCCAUGAGAGAUACUCUUGGCAAGGUGUUUACGACAGCAGAUGGUGUUCCAUUGGUAGCUCCUCCACCAGGGGACGGUCUCACGAAGUCCGUAUCUACGGAAGCGGUACCAGGCAGUGCUACCGCUACAAAAUCAACGGCUCCCCCGGGUCCUAAAGUUCCGACGACCUCGCCACCGGCAUCGGAUGCACCAACGACAGCUCCACCAGCGGCGGUACCGCCAAAAUCGGCGUCUGCUGACGUCGCUGCGCCAGUGGAUGCGAAAAAACCACCUACGGGACCCACAGCAACACCGCCUAAAACACCUCCGCCUCCUCCUACAGCAAAGGCGCCCGUGUCUAAGACAGGUCCACCCGCGGUUAAAAAGGGGCCACCCUGUAAGAUGAAAGCGCCACCUCCACCUGUAGGACUCAAGGCCAAGUCAGAUAUUCCCAGAAAACCGCCUCCUUUGGGUGUCAAGCUACAUUGGAAGCCGCUGAACACUAACACUGUUAAAGGUACAAUUUUCGAGCACUUGCCUAGGCCAUCCGUGGAAAACAAGAUGUUCGAUUCUACUGUUGCCAAGAAGUUAUUUAGCAAGACUCCAGUGAAACGUCAGGAAACUUUGAAGGCGCCUGAGGUGAAGCGCAAGCUUGUACUGACUAUCUUGGACCCCAAGCGUGCACAAAACGUUGGUAUUAUUCUUAGGUUCCCCAAGGAGUCUGACUUUGAUGAGCUCUUAGAGUGUCUUGACACACUAACGCUCGACAAUCAGUUAGUAAACGUAGACAAUAUAUUUAAGAUCCAGUCUGCGUUACCUCAGGGCCCGGAGUUAGAAAGCUUUACCGCUGCAGUGCAGAGUGGCGCUAACUUUGCGGAGUACCGAGACGUCGAACAGAAGAUAUUCAAAAUAAUCGCAAAAGAGCAUAUGGAGCAUAAAGUUAAAGUGGCUUACUUCUCUCUCAAUUACAAAUCUCUUCUGGAACUGGUAGACAACCAGUUAGGCGUCUUCGAAAGAGCGAACAAACAGGUUGACAGCAACGAAUUUUUACCCAUAGUGAUGGGAGGUAUUCUUCAAUACGGGAAUUUCGUUAACCAUGGUGACGACAGUACGGUUAAAACUGUGGGAUUUAGCCUUUCGUCGGCUUCCAAACUCAUCGAUAUAAAAUCGGCCGACAACAUGCUGAGUUCUAUGCAUUAUCUCGUGGUCAACUUGAUAGUCAAGUUUCCCGAUCUAGACUUCUCCACUUUCGACAAGUCUCUCAGUCAUGUUAUCGAGGCUGAAAAAAUUAGUGCCAAUGGUAUCGAGGAGAUAUUCGACGAAAUCCGUGAUGGGCUCAACUCUCUUCUAAGGCUUGAGGAGCGUGUGCCACCGGAAACAGUUUUGCAUAGCAAGACCAAGCAAAUAAUAACAGAGAGCACUGAAGCUAUCGGUGUCGCUACUGAGCGCAAGACUAAGGUAUUUGAUGCGAUGAAGAAUACCUGGCGAUACCUAGGCGAAGAAUGUAAACAAGGUAAUUCGCUGGAGGAAAUUUUUCACAUCCUGGCUGAUUUCAUGCGUUGCAUCAAGCGGGUUACAACCGAUAUUCAACAACGGCCAUCUAAGUUCAUAGUCGUGCUUAACGCUGAUGAUGAACGUGAGGUCUAUAACAGCAAGUUCUCUCGGGCACGUCGAAAUUGA